UUCAGUCGUAAGAUGAUAUCACUUUUAAGUUCAGUCAUAUACUUGGCAUUUUGGGUUCAUCAUGGAGUUAGUUCAUCAUGGAGUUUUGAAGGUCAGAUUAUUUUUGUCCUAACCCAGUCAAAUCAAUUGCUUCUCGUUAGUUCUUUUUCUAUCAUAUAUUCCCACCCAUAGGUCCUGCAGAUAUUCUAGAACGUUAUUUCCUACAAGUUCUGGGUUUCCUGUCCGCAUUCCGGUGUGUGGCUGGAAGGAUCGCUCCAUGACCACGGACGCUGACGGCGCCUCUUCCGGCUUACCUCAGGGGCGGGUAUGGCGGACCUGUUCUUUUAUCAGAAAGAUCUAUAUUUUGCUAAUAAAGGAACGUUUUGUGUCCAAUAAGGUUUUCGUCAUUACGCCUGAAAACUCCACCUUAAGCUUAUUUCGCCUGUGAAUAUUUAAGGGAAAAAAAAAACACCCCGGCAACCAACUGCCAGGCGACGGAGGCUAAGCUGCUCCUCCCCAUUGAGGCCAGCACCCGCCUUUUCCCGAAGUCGCAACACGCAGGCGCGCCUGGCUCGCACGCCACGAACGGAAGUGCGCCUGCGUCAGGAGACGCCCCGCCCAGCCCCUGCUCGACUAUAAAGUGUCGAGCUUCUCCUCGCGAGAGACUUCGUGCUCAUGCUCGCUGCAGGGGUCGGAGGUCAGGGCGAGCGUCUCGCGGGCCGUAGGAGGAAGAUGGCGGUGGAGUCGCGCGUUACCCAGGAGGAAAUUAAGAAGGAGCCAGAGAAGCCAAUCGAUCGCGAGAAGACAUGCCCACUGUUGCUGCGGGUCUUCACCACCAAUAACGGCCGCCACCACCGAAUGGACGAGUUCUCCCGGGGAAAUGUACCGUCCAGCGAGUUGCAGAUCUACACUUGGAUGGAUGCAACCUUGAAAGAACUGACAAGCUUAGUAAAAGAAGUCUACCCAGAAGCUAGAAAGAAGGGCACUCACUUCAAUUUUGCAAUUGUUUUUACUGAUGUUAAAAGACCCGGCUAUCGAGUUAAGGAGAUUGGCAGCACCAUGUCUGGCAGAAAGGGGACUGAUGAUUCCAUGACCCUGCAGUCGCAGAAGUUCCAGAUAGGAGAUUACUUGGACAUAGCAAUUACCCCUCCAAAUCGGGCACCACCUCCUUCAGGGCGCAUGAGACCAUAUUAAAUUCUAUUUACAAUUUCUUGAAUUUAUUUUUCCGUCAGUUAUGUAAAAUAAACUUACUCUUUUUCCUCCCCUGAUUAUUGCCAUUAAGCCUUUAAAUUCUAAAAUUAUAAUGCAUCAUCUAUUUAGGAAUUAGAUUCGGAUGUGCUAUUGUAUGAUUACUAAUAGAAAGUCUGUAUGUUUCAAGCCCUUCUGUAAAAUAUGAAGAAAAGUGCUCUUAGCAUUCUGUGUAAAACUGUACUGUUAAAUAUAUGUGUGUAAUCAGCCUGAGUGUGAAAGUUAAUGGAGGCCUGGGAACAGGGUUUAUACUAAGUAGUGGAGGAGGGUAUUGUUAAGCCCAAAGGGGCAGAACAAGAAAGCCACAGGAUUGUAUGAAAUCAAACAUGAGUUUGUGGUGUAGACUGCUGUAAGCAGUUGGAAAGGACGUGAGAUUGAGCUCAAGUGGCAGCAGAGGCAGUUUGGAAUAGUCCGAGCUGAGGCAAGUUGAAGAAGCUGUGUUGGAAGAGAUGGCGCUGCCUUGAUCAGGGUACCAUGACAUAAAAGGUUGAAGAACAAGCACCACAAUGAGGACUUAUAUUUUUAACAUGUGGGGAAUAGGGCAUUUUAAAGGCUGGAACCAGUUCAGAGGAAACAAGGGUUUCAGUAGAGGUAGAAAGAUUUACCUUGGAGGUCUGCAAAUGGAGGGAGGCGUGAAGGAAAAAUCUUAAAGACCGAGGGAGAAGAGCCAAGGACAAGGUCAGGUUGAGUGAGUAGGAGGUAUUCACGCACCCUCUUGUGUGCUAGGUACUGGUGUGCAUCUGAUUAGAGAGGCAGUAAAGCAAUGAUGCAUGCAGACCAGUGCAGCAAAACGUUUAAAUCCUGAUUGCAGCAGUGGCUCUGCAACUUUGGAUAAAUUAUUUGAAUCUUCAUUUUGUAAAAUGGAGAUAAUGGCCUAUAGGAUUGUCAAGAUUGAAUAUUUUAAAAGAGCUUAGAAUAGUGCCUGGCAAAUGAGAAAACAAUAAAUACUGGUUAUCGGCUGUAAAGUGGUGUUAAAACUGGAACUCUUCCAUGGCACUAUUCUCAUUUUGAAGUUUAUGAAGAGUAUGACAGUGUACUGUAAAUUCCCUUUAGUUUGUUACAGUAGCCAAGUGAAAAUGUAUAUCCCAAAAUUUAAAAAAAAGUACUAGCAGCAAUUAAAUUGCAGUAGUUUUAUCUGGCACAUAGAAAAACAGCCAUUUAAAAUCUAACGAUUCUGUGGAAUUGGUGUCCCUGUUAGUGGCAGAGACCAACCUGGAGCCUAGAUCUGGUGCCUCUUCUGUGCUGUGGUUUACCCCAAACCUUUAGGUUUAUUCAUUCAGAUUAGAUAGAGUGGAGCCAUAAAGUUAAUUUACACCUAGCUUUUUGGAGAAUAGCCAUGAUUAACUUCCUAUUCGUGGGGGGAAAAACCCUAUGAUUUACUAUGCAGAUGAAGAGGGUAGGAACUAAAUAAAGGACUUUGUAAGCCAAA